AUGUUUUCAUCUACAGGAAAGGUGGAGACAAUUAAUGCUCGAGAGACUGCCCCAAGGAGUGCUACAGCCGACAUGUUUGGCAAUAACUCCAAAAAACCAAAACCAGGAUUGUUAAUAGCUGUACCAGGAGAACUGCGGGGUUAUGAAAUGGCACACAAAAGGUACGGGAGACUGCCAUGGAAAGAGCUGUUUGAGCCCAGUAUAAAGCUGGCAUGGGAUGGAUUUAAGAUUGGCACAGCCCUGGCCAGAGCCAUCAAUGAUGAAAAAGAGAAAAUUCUGAACAAUAUAGCAUUGUGUGAAGUGUUUUGCGACUCAAACAAUAACACCUUGAAGGAACAUGAUACUAUAAGUUUUCCCCAACUUGCUGCCACCUAUAGGAAGAUAGCAAAACAUGGAGCAAAUGCAUUUUACAAUGGGUCACUGACUCAGAGUAUAGUGGAUGAUAUCAAGGCUGCAGGAGGAAAUAUCACUCGUGAGGACCUAAAGAAUUAUACGGCAGUGUUGUCAGAGCCUGCAUUGAGCUUUGAUGUGGGGAAAUACACAUUUCAUGCUCCUACUGCUCCAUUCGGUGGACCUGUGUUCACUCUGAUACUCAAAAUACUCCUGGGCAACGGUACAGAAGGUUCUACAGGUUAUGAUCUCACAAAUGAAAGUGUGUCCACAGCAGAGAACUUGACUUUGACUUAUCACCGCAUCAUAGAGGAUUUCUGCUUAGCUAAUGCAGAGAAGAGUAAUCUGGGAGACCCACUUAAAUUCCCAAUCAUCAAUGAGGUUAUCAAAAACAUGAUCACAGACAGCUUUGCGGACCACAAGAGGAGUGAGAUUAAUGAUAGCAUUGCAACAGCCUGCAGCAAGCGGCACAAUGUCACUAAUUCUGUACCUGAUGACAGCGGCACAUCUCAUGUGUCUGUCAUCGAUGCAGAAGGCAAUGCAGUGGCGGUGACCAGCAGCAUUAAUGACUAUUUCGGUUCUGGUGUGAUGUCAGAGUGUACAGGCAUUAUAUUUAAUGACCAGAUGUCAGAUUUCACUCAGGUGACAAGUGAACAUAACAAAAUUCAACCAGGUAAAAGACCCCUGUCAUCAAUGUGUCCCACAAUAAUACUGGACGAAGAGAAAGAAAAUAGUGAAAAAGUCAGAAUGGUGGUUGGAGCAGAAGGAGGGACGAAAUUACAUUUAGAUUACUUUUAUUAA